GCAGCUCCCCGGGUUUCCUGCGGGCCGCCAUGGACGAGCAGGCGGGUCCCGGCGUCUUUUUCAGCAACAACCACCCGGGCGCCGGCGGUGCCAAGGGGCUCGGGCCUCUGGCAGAGGCUGCCGCGGCCGGCGACGGGGCGGCUGCGGCGGGGGCGGCUCGAGCCCAGUACAGCCUCCCGGGGAUCCUGCACUUCCUGCAGCACGAGUGGGCCCGCUUCGAGGUGGAGAGAGCCCAGUGGGAGGUGGAGCGGGCGGAGCUGCAGGCCCAGAUUGCCUUUCUUCAGGGAGAAAGGAAAGGCCAAGAAAAUCUGAAGAAAGACCUGGUGAGGAGGAUCAAAAUGCUGGAGUACGCACUGAAGCAGGAGAGAGCCAAAUACCACAAGUUGAAAUAUGGGACAGAAUUGAAUCAGGGAGAUAUGAAGCCACCAAGCUAUGAUUCUGAUGAAGGUAAUGAAACAGAGGUGCAGCCACAACAGAAUAGCCAGUUAAUGUGGAAACAAGGUCGGCAGCUACUCAGACAGUAUCUACAGGAGGUGGGCUACACAGACACUAUCCUAGAUGUGAAAUCGAAACGAGUGCGAGCUUUGUUGGGCUUUUCAAGUGAUGUCACUGACAGGGAAGAUGACAAAAAUCAGGACUCCGUUAUAAAUGGUACAGAGGCUGAAGUUAAAGAGACAGCAAUGAUUGGAAAACCCGAGUUAACAGAUUCUGCCUCUGUACUGGAUAAUUUCAAAUUCCUUGAAAAUGCAGCUGCAGAUUUCAGUGAUGAAGAUGAAGAUGAUGACAUUGAUGGCAGAGAGAAAAGUGUCAUUGAUACUUCAACGAUUGUUAGGAAAAAACCAUUGCCUGAUAGUAGUGAAGACCGAGAUACGAAAGAAGCUCUAAAGGAGUUUGACUUCUUGGUUACGUCAGAGGAAGGAGACGGAGACUCCAGAAGCACAGGAGAUGGAACUGACUGGGAAAAGGAAGACCAGUGUCUUAUGCCUGAAGCCUGGAAUGUGGACCAGGGAGUAAUUACCAAACUCAAGGAACAGUACAAAAAGGAGAGAAAGGGGAAAAAAGGGGUGAAGAGAAAAACUACCGAAGAUCUGUUUCAGCCUCUAUCCUAUAUAAAACAGUCAAAACAGGGAUGUGGGAGAAUGAAGAAUCGAAGCCCAGGGCCCAAUAGGUCAAAACUACAAGAUAUGCUUGCUAAUUUGAGAGAUGUUGAUGAACUUCCUUCAUUGCAGCCAUCUGUGGGUUCACCUUCCAGACCUAGUAGCUCCAGACUUCCUGAACAUGAAAUUAAUAGGGCAGAUGAAGUGGAAGCAUUAACAUUUCCUCCUUCUUCUGGAAAAUCAUUCAUCAUGGGAGCGGAUGAAGCGCUUGAAAGUGAACUGGGACUUGGAGAGUUAGCAGGCCUUACAGUGGCCAACGAAGCUGAUUCACUAACUUACGAUAUAGCAAACAAUAAAGAUGCAUUGAGGAAAACAUGGAAUCCCAAGUUUACAUUACGAAGUCACUUUGAUGGCAUUCGAGCCCUUGCUUUCCACCCUAUUGAGCCUGUUUUGAUAACAGCAUCAGAGGAUCACACAUUAAAAAUGUGGAAUUUGCAGAAAACAGCCCCAGCCAAAAAGAGCACUUCUCUGGAUGUAGAGCCUAUCUAUACAUUUAGGGCUCAUAGAGGUCCUGUUCUUUGUGUUGUAAUGAGCAGCAAUGGUGAGCAGUGUUACAGUGGUGGUUCUGAUGGACUAAUCCAGGGCUGGAAUACCACUAAUCCCAACAUUGACCCCUAUGACUCAUAUGAUCCUUCUGUUUUAAGAGGACCUCUGUUGGGCCACACGGAUGCAGUGUGGGGUUUGGCCUACAGUGCAGCACACCAGCGUUUGUUGUCCUGUUCAGCAGAUGGCACUCUGAGGUUGUGGAAUACAGCCGAGGCGGCUCCAGCAUUGACUGUAUUUAAUGAUAAUCAAGAAUUAGGAAUCCCUGCUUCUGUGGAUCUGGUAAGCAGUGACCCAAGCCUUAUGGUAGCAUCAUUCAGCAAAGGGUACACCAGCAUCUUUAACAUGGAAACACAACAACGCAUUCUUACUUUAGAGUCCAGUCCAGAUACAACAGCCAACUCUUCCUGCCAAAUCAAUAGAGUCAUCAGUCAUCCUACUCUGCCGAUCAGCAUCACUGCUCACGAAGAUAGACACAUCAAAUUCUAUGAUAACAAUACAGGCAAACUGAUCCACUCAAUGGUAGCUCACCUAGAAGCUGUUACAAGUUUAGCAGUUGAUCCUAAUGGCCUGUACUUGAUGUCUGGCAGUCAUGACUGCUCAAUACGGUUGUGGAAUCUAGAAAGUAAGACGUGUAUUCAAGAGUUCACAGCUCAUCGGAAAAAGUUUGAAGAAUCGAUUCAUGAUGUUGCUUUCCACCCAUCCAAAUGCUACAUUGCCAGUGCUGGAGCUGAUGCAUUGGCUAAAGUCUUUGUAUGACACACUGCAUCGUUUUCAUCAUCUAGCUCUUUAUAAAUAAUUGACUAACUGCACAAAAGAGAUACAGAAGACCAGGGCAAGAAUCAGCUCAUCUUGCCUUUUUGUUCUACUGAAGGAGCACAGAGAACAUUUGUUAAAAGCAUAGUUUCGCAAUUCGUAUACUGUUUUCUAAAAUUAAAGUUUGUCCAGGUUGCUGCAAGCUCAGUUUAAUCUGUGAACUUGAAAACUCUCUCAAAUUGUCUCCAAAAUAGGCCCUUUUAUUUCUGAGGUGGUUCUCAUUUGCUAAGCAGGCCUGAGCGACACAGGUUUAGCUUGUCCCUAUUGAUAUGUGGUGUGUUGUAAUAGAUAAUUAAAAAGCUUGGUGGCUGGAAAUGAGUAGAGGAAAAGCAGAAACUUAGAUCUAGUUCUCCUCUGACAACUCUUACUAAACAUGUUAGUCAAACAGUAAUCCUUACUCUGUCUGCUGUACUAAUGAAUCCCUUUGUGUAUGAUGACCAGGCAGUGUUAAAAUUAGCUUACUUUAGCUGUUUGCAUAAAGCGACUGGCAAAACAUCUUAUCUGUUAGAGGAGGAAAAUGCAGUAAUAUGUUACACAUAUAAUUACUCAGAAAUUCUGAACAACUAAUUAGUUUGUGAGCAGAUUUCUUUAUUGUAUUACAGUUUUGGAAAUAGAUUUGGCAACAUUCUCAAGUUUAGCUGUCAGGCACUCGCCAUUAUAAAUAGUCAAUAGAGUCUGCUUUUACUAAAGUAUUUAACUUACUCCGAUUUGAGAUCUGUUUGUUUUUAAGGGCAAGCAGGGCAUAUCUCUGUAAUAAUUUCUUUUUUCAAAUUUGUUUUAUUCCUAUGAAGUGGUUCUUAUUGAUGAAUUCUUACCUUUCAGUGACUGAAGGGACGGAAGUUACUACCAGUACUCAUUUCUCAGCACCUGCUUAACCAUGCUUCUGCUGAUCUGUUCUUUGUCUUUCACAUUCAUGUUAUCUGAGACCUACCAAAAGUAAUUCAUCAUUAUGAAGUUUUAAGAGUCCAAAGAAAAUGGUUAACCUCAGGCAGUUGCUUUUGAAGUACUAAAUAAAGGAAAUAAAGGAUAUUAACAUAUCCAAGAAGAAGAACCUCCUAUGAAAGAGUUCCAUGACUAACAAGGGCUAAAAGAGUCUCUCUUUCUCUCUCUCCCCCCUGCCCCCAACCUCCAUUGUUUAAUUGGAAUCCAUGUUGGAAUGCACAGUGCUAAGGCUUCUCUGAUCCUACCCUAUCUAUGACCUUAUAUUAUAUGUGGUUUACCUGUGGGAUUUCCACAAGCCACUACCUAGAAUGAGUCCCUUGUUUAACAGCUGUCAUGCCUCUCCUCAUACUUUUUCUCUUGUUGGUCUGAAAUUGUAGUGAAGAAUCUAAAAGUUAUAAAUAAAUUGCUGAAGUUCAGCACUUCACCAAAAUUUAUAAUAGGUUCUCAGACUUUUUUAAAAAGUAUACCCGUAAGUAUUUAACAGAUUAAAGUAAUUCUUACAUUCCUGUCCUCAUAUAUUCCAUUGUCAUGGCCAUGACACUUAUGUACAUUUAUUCCUGGAAGAAGUACUCUAGUGGUGAUGUGGAUAAUAAUUGACAGUACUUCUCUAGUAUUUCUGCUUGUCCGCCUCUAGAAUUCUGCAGUGUACAGGCAAAUUGCCUUAAAAAAAAAAAAAAACAAAAACCUGUGCUCAAUUUGCCUGAUUGUUGUACAGAUAUGCUAUAGUAUUUUAAAACAGCUUCAUUUUUAUUUAAUCUUUGUGCUUUGAUUAACAAGCAGGCUUGAACUCCUUUUUCUAAUCAGAUGAAUUGACCUAGAUGUGAGCUAUGAGGUGAAUGUGUGUAUUUCUGUGCAAAUUGAAUAUCCCACAUUGUGUUUAGUAAAUUUCUUUUGAUUCUUCACAAAGGGAAGAACAGGUUGUUGCUAACCUAACACUGUAGAAGAAUACUGGAAAAUCUAGUCAGGUACCCCUCCUUGGUAUAUUUAUAAUGGACCACCACAAAGCUAUUGUUCUGCCAGUUACUGCUUCAAUUACUCUUCAAGGUCUGUAGUGCCUACCUAUGUCACUGAAUUCUGAAAACCAAGACAUUCAUUCACUGUUGAUUUUAUACCUCAUGGUUGAAAAUUUUCUGUUAGUGAGUGGAAAAUAACCAUGAAUAUGCACAAUGCA